AUGUAUGGAAAAGUUAAAAAAUAUGGUUUGGUAAAAUUAGCAAAACAAGAAAAUAUUCGUCGUCAGAUAGCUAAUAUUAUAAGUUUACCAUUAGUACCAAAAGACCAAAUUAAUCAUUGUAUGGAAGUAAUAAUUGAUGAACUAUGUAAUGCUGAUUCAAAAUUUGAUAAAUUAACAGAUUAUAUUUUAAAUAAUUAUACUGAAGAUGCUCGUUUUUCAUUUGAUAUGUGGAAUCAUUUUGACUCAAUUGAUGAACGACCGCGUACAAAUAAUCACGUAGAAGGUUAUCAUAGACAACUAAAUGCACGCGUGCGAACGAAUCUGGAUCUCUGGACAUGGACUGAUGGAGUUCGUUCAUCCGAAGAAUCUGUUAUGUAUCGUUAUGAACAAGAACAAGCUCAAAAACGUACAACAAGACCACGAAAAAUAAAAAACAUACGUGAUGAUUUGAGCUUAAAUUAG